AUGCGAACCUAUUUUCAAUCCUCGUUCUUCUUCUUCGUAUUAUUAUUCCUCCUUCUCUUCUUCUUCUUCUUCCUUCUCCUCCUCUUCCUCUUCUUCUUCUUCCUCCUCCUCUUCUUCUUCUUCAUUGGCUUCCUCUUCCUCCUCUUCUUCUUCAUCAUCCUUCUCUUCUUCUUCUUUCUCGUCCUCCUCCUCUUGUUCUUUUUCUUCUUUCUCCUUCUUCUUUUCUUCUUUCUUCUUCUUCAUCAUCAUCAUCAUCAUCAUCAUCGUCCUUUUCUUCUUCUUCUUUCUCCUCCUCCUGUUCUUCCUCCUCCUUCGCCCCAUCUCCCUUUUCUUCUUCCCCUUCUUCUUCUUCUUCCUCUUCUUCUUCUUCCUAAUCCCCCUCAUCCUUUUCUUCUUCCGCCUCCUUUUCUUCUUCCUCUUCUUCUUCCUAAUCCCCUCUUUCUUUUUCGUCUUCUCCUCUUCUUCUUUCUACUCCUCCUCUUCUUCUUUCUACUCCUCCUCCUCUUCUUUCUCCUUUCCCUUUUCUUCUUUCUCUUCUUCGUCGUCGUCCUCCUCCUCUUCUUACUAAUCCCCUCCUCCUCUUCUUCCUCCUCCUCUUCUUCCUCCUCCUCUUCUUCUUCCUCCUCUUCUUCCUCCUCCUCUUCUUCGUUCUCCUCCUCCUCCACUUCUUUUUUUCUUCGUCAAAUCAUUGUUUGUUUCUUUUCUUCUUUCUUUUUUAAUUUCUUUCUUACUUUGGUUCUUUCCUUCUUUAUUUCUUUGUUUUUACUUUCUUUCUUUUUUACUUUCUUUCCUUCUUUCUUUCAUUCUUUUUACUUUCUUCCUUUCUUUCUUUCUUUCUUUCUUUCUUUCUUUCUUUCUUUCUUUCUUCGCACAACGCAAUGGACCAAACAAUUAUGGGGAAAAAUUGUUCGUAUUAAUUCUACUGUUUUUCUAUCUUUCUUUCUUUUUUUUACUUUCUUUCCUUCUGUCUUACUUUCUUUUUUACUUUCUUUCCUUCUUUCUUAUUUUCGCUCUCUUUUACUUUCUUUCUUCCUUACUUUAUUUCCUUCUUUAUUACUUUCUUUUUUACUUUAUUUCUUUCUUACUUUGGUUCUUUUCUUCUUUCUUUAUUUCUUUCUUUUUUACUUUCUUUCUUUCUUUCUUUCUUUUCUUACUUUUUUUACUUUCUUUCUUUCUUAUUUGGUUCUUUUUUCUUCUUUUUUUCUUUUUACUUUCUUUCUUUCUUCUUUGGUUUUUUUCUUUCUUUUUUCUUUCUUUUUUUUUCUUUCUUUCUUUCUUUGGUUCUUUUCUUCUUUCUUUCUUUCUUUCUUUUUUCUUUUCUUUUUUUCUUUUUCUUUCUUUUUUCUUUGGUUUUACUUUCUUUUUUCUUCUUUCUUUCUUUUUCUUUCUUUUUUUUUUUUUUCUUUCUUUCUUACUUUGGUUCUUUUCUUUUUCUUUCUUUCUUUUUUUUUCUUUCUUUCUUUUCUUCUUUCUUUCUUUCUUUUUUACUUUCUUUCUUUCUUACUUUCUUUCUUUUCUUCUUUCUUUCUUUCUUUCUUUUUUACUUUCUUUCUUUCUUACUUUGGUUCUUUUCUUCUUUCUUUAUUUUUUACUUUCUUUCUUUCUUUCUUUUUUACUUUCUUUCUUUCUUACUUUGGUUCUUUUCUUCUUUCUUUCUUUCUUUCUUUUUUUUUUACUUUCUUUCUUUCUUACUUUGGUUCUUUUCUUCUUUCUUUAUUUCUUUUUUACUUUCUUUCUUUUUUACUGUCUUUCUUUCUUUCUUUCUUUCUUUUUUACUUUCUUUCUUUCUUACUUUGGUUCUUUUCUUUUUUUCUUUUUUACUUUCUUUUUUCUUUUUUUUCUUUUCUUUCUUUCUUUUUUACUUUGGUUUCUUUUUCUUUUCUUUUUUCUUUUUUUUUUCUUUUUUACUUUUUUCUUUCUUUUUGGUUCUUUUCUUCUUUCUUUCUUUUUUUUACUUUCUUUCUUUCUUUUUUGGUUCUUUCUUUCUUUUAUUUUUUACUUUCUUUCUUUCUUUUUUCUCUUUCUUUCUUUCUUUCUUUUUUUCUUUUUCUUUUCUUUCUUUCUUUUUUGCUUUCUUUCUUUCUUACUUUGGUUCUUUUCUUUUUACUUUCUUUCUUUUUGGUUCUUUCUUUUUUUCUUUCUUUCUUUUCUUUUCUUACUUUGGUUCUUUUCUUUCUUUUCUUUCUUUUUUUUCUUUCUUUCUUUCUUUCUUUUUUUUCUUUUUACUUUCUUUCUUUCUUUUCUUUUUCUUUGGUUCUUUUCUUCUUUCUUUCUUUUCUUUCUUACUUUUGGUUCUUUUCUUCUUUCUUUUUUUCUUUUUUGCUUUUCUUUCUUUCUUUUCUUCUUUCUUUCUUUUGGUUCUUUUCUUCUUUCUUUAUUUCUUUUUUCUUUCUUUCUUUUUCUUUUACUGUCUUUUCUUUCUUUCUUUCUUUUCUUUCUUUUUUUCUUUCUUUCUUUCUUUCUUUCUUACUUUUGGUUCUUUUCUUUCUUUCUUUUUUUUUUCUUUCUUUUUACUUUUUCUUUCUUUUUUUUCUUUCUUUUUUACUUUGGUUCUUUUCUUCUUUCUUUUAUUUCUUUCUUUCUUUUUUACUUUUCUUUCUUUCUUACUUUGGUUCUUUUCUUUUUCUUUAUUUCUUUCUUUUUCUUUUUUUUUACUUUUUUUCUUUUUCUUUUUUCUUUUUUUACUUUCUUUCUUUUUUACUGUCUUUCUUUCUUUUCUUCUUUCUACAAAUUAAGUUACGUGAUAGCCUUAGGAAGAGUUUUCUUUCUUUCUUUCUUUCUUUCUUUCUUUCAAAUGCCCGUAUGUCAUUUUUCAUUAUCUUUUUUGUUUGUAUGUUUGUUGGUUUCUUUCUUUCUUUCUUUCUUUCUUUCUUUCUUUCUUUCUUUCUUUCUUUCUUUCUUUCCAAUGCCCGUAUGUCAUUUUUCAUUAUCUUUUUUGUUUGUAUGCUUGAUGGUUUCUUUCUUUCUUUCUUUCUUUCUUUCUUUUUUCUUUCUUUCCAAUGUCCUUACGUCAGUUUUCAUUAUCUUUUUUGGUUCUUUGCUUGCUGGCUUCUUUCUUUCUUUCUUUCUUUCUUGCUUGCUUGCUUGCCUUCUUUCUUUCUUUCUUUCUUUCUUGCUUGUUUGCUUGCCUUCUUUCUUUCUUUCUUUCUUUCUUUCUUUCUUUCUUUCUUUCCAAUGCCCUUUUCAUUAUCUUUUUUGGUUGUUUGCUUGCUGGCUUCUUUCUUUCUUUCUUUCUUUCUUUCUUUCUUUCUUUCUUUCUUUCUUUCUUUCUUUCUUUCUUUCUGUCACUUUUAUUAUGUUUUUUUUCGUUUCGAUCCUUCUUUCUUUUUAUUUCUGGCUUGA